UGGGGAGCUGGUGAAGCGCAGGUUUCCUGUGGAGUAAGGACACCGGCAUGGCGCGGAAGAAAGUGAAACCCCGGCUGAUCGCUGAGCUGGCCCGCCGCGUGCGCGCCUUGCGCGAGCAGCGGAACCAGCCGCGAGACUCGCAGCUCUACGCCCUAGACUACGAGACGCUGACCCGGCCGCACUCUGGUCGCCGGCUGCCAGUGCGCGCCUGGGCCGACGUACGUCGCGAGAGCCGCCUUCUACAGCUGCUCGCCCGCCUCCCCUUGUUUGGCCUGGGUCGUCUGGUUACCCGCAAGUCCUGGCUGUGGCAGCACGACGAGCCAUGCUACUGGCGCCUCACGCGUGUGAGGCCUGACUACACGGCGCAGAACUUGGACCACGGGAGGGCCUGGGGUAUCCUGACUUUCAAAGGGAAGAGUGAGGAAACGGCUCGGGAAAUCGAGCAAGUCAUGUACCACGAUUGGCGGUUGGUACCCAAGCACGAGGAGGAGGCUUUCACUGCGUUCACUGGGAAAGCAGAGGACAGAUUGAACCUUGUCCCCUACCCACCUCUGCUGCGGGCCAUGAUCCUCGCUGAGCGACAGAAAAACGGGGAUACCAGCGUCGAGGAGCCGCUCCUGAACCUGGAGAGGACUCGAAUGCGCCCCUGGGACUACCCUGCAAAACAGGAGACUAAAGGGAGAGCCAAGGGCACCCCAGUCUAACUGCCAGGAUUGGCAGAGAGGUCCUGUGAGUCAUUUGAUGGACAAGUGUCUUUGACUGUGUCAGAAUCUCCCCUUUGGUGGGGAGACCCUAAAGCCUUGACACAUCUGCCAAUGAAUAAUGGGGCAGAUGACAGAUUGUGAUUUUCAGGCGGCCCCUCGCCGAUUCCUCCGUCUGGAAAUAAACUCCCGAAAUGGCC